UACGGACAGUGCCGCGAUGCGGUAGUCCCAUAAUUCUAUUCUUAAAUUAAAGUUACAAGUAGACUCGAGUAUAGUAAAGAUAAAAUAAAUAUAUUUUUUUAAUGUGUUGUUAUACGUCUGAAUCGUUAAUAAUGAGUGUUUCGUUCUUCUUCUUUUUUUUCGUUUCACAUUAAAGUCUAAAGGAACGUUCAUUUGAUAUUUGUUUAUUAUUGCAAAAAAAAAAAGAAAAACCAUUUUCUUGAUGCACAGAAAAAGUGAUUUUGUUUAUUAUACGAAUCUAAGGAAAAAAAGAAAUUAAUUAAAAAAAAAAAAAACAAAAAAAAUCCAGGAGAGUGCUUUCUACAUUUCUAUACGCAAACUUUUUGGAUUUUAACUUUUUUCUGUGAAGUGGUUGUUUAUGCUUGUUGACUUUUUGUUUCAUACACUCCGAUGGAUUAGUAAAAGGCUUGAAUGGAAUAUUUUUGUGUUUCAUAAAAUUACCGAGAUAUAAUUUCGUAAAACAAAACAAUUUUUUUUUCGAAAAAAAAAAAAUCAAUUCGCCGAGUCUUUUUCGCACAGUGACAAAAUACGAAUGUUCUUUCAAGCAAAACCGCAAAACAGGACUUUCUUAAGUGCAAGAAAUAAAAUUAAAGUCAAGUGUUGAACGAACAAAAGUGUUUGGAUUCGAUGAGACGGCUUUCCUGAAUUUUCAAAAGUUUCAUCAAUAGAAAUUUACCGUUUCGACGAUAUAUACACAUUCAUCGAGUGAUAUAUAUAUAUAAUAUUAUUGAAGGAAUUCUCCACCGCAAUUGCAAAAUGUCAUUUUCAAUGUUUGACUUAUUGACAAUUCUCAUAAUCGGUUGUGUGGUAACGACUCAUGGUCAAGACUAUGAAGGAAAACUAUCGUCUUACCCUUGCCAAUCCGAAGGAUUUCACGCCGACGAACAAAAUUGUGCCAUUUUCUAUCGUUGUGUCGACCAAGGCAACAGCAAGUUGACGGCUUUCGAAUUCUCAUGUGGACCCGGUACAGUGUUCUCCACUGACCUGAACGUGUGCGUACAUCCAGAAGAUUCAGGAAGAGAAGACUGUGGAGCAAAUUUCAAUGAAAUCGAUAGCGAUAAUCGGAAUCCGAAUAACGAUGGAGUCGCUACACCUGCUGUUUCUACAACAACUGGUACAACAACAGUACAAACUCCGAGCUCACAAUCUACUUCUACGGCAAUGUCGUCGACUCAAACAACUACAUCGGGAAGUCAGACAACUUGCACUGAAGAUGGUUUCAUUGGGGAUUCAGAUGAUUGCAGCAAAUUUUAUCGCUGUGUGUCGAAUGGAAAGGGAAGCUAUAUGAAAUACGAAUUCAGAUGUGGAAACGGAACUGUUUGGGAUAAUAAAAUACAAGGAUGUAACCAUGCCUGGGCAGUUGAAGACUGUAGGAAAGCAGUUUCCAAUGAUUAUGAAUCGAGCUCACAGUCGUCAAUGUCAAGUAGUCAUGCAUCUUCUACUUCUAGUACUAGCAGUCAGGCUAGCUCUUCUAGUAGUUCUACAAGUAGCUCAACAAGUUCUUGGAAUCAAAGUUCCUCCACAAGUUCGAGCUCAUCUAGCAAUUCCAACUCAAAUAGCCAGUCUACUUCUUCGUCGGCAAAUAGUCAAACUAGUUCCAACAAUCAUAACGCUUCGUCUCAAUCCUCAGGUAACGGAUCAUAUAACAGUCAAAGUUCAAACCAAGGCUCAUCCUCUAAUCAAGGAUCGUCUUCGAAUCAAGGCUCGUCUUCGAAUCAAGGCUCGUCUUCGAAUCAAGGCUCGUCCUCAAAUCAAGGUUCGUCCUCAAAUCAAGGAUCAUCUUCGAAUCAAGGAUCAUCUUCAAAUCAAGGUACAUCGUCUAAUCAAGGAUCAUCUUCAAAUCAAGGCUCAUCUUCAAAUCAAGGCUCAUCAACUAAUCAAGGCUCGUCUUCGAAUCAAGGCUCGUCUUCAAAUCAAGGCUCAUCAUCUAAUCAAGGAUCAUCUUCAAAUCAAGGCUCAUCUUCAAAUCAAGGCUCAUCAACUAAUCAAGGCUCGUCUUCGAAUCAAGGCUCGUCUUCAAAUCAAGGUACAUCGUCUAAUCAAGGAUCAUCUUCAAAUCAAGGCUCAUCUUCAAAUCAAGGCUCAUCAACUAAUCAAGGCUCGUCUUCGAAUCAGGGCUCGUCUUCAAAUCAAGGUUCAUCCUCUAAUCAAGGUUCAUCUUCAAAUCAAGGAUCAUCUUCAAAUCAAGGAUCAUCCUCUAAUCAAGGUUCAUCUUCAAAUCAAGGAUCAUCUUCUAAUCAAGGAUCAUCUUCAAAUCAAGGCUCGUCUUCAAAUCAAGGCUCAUCCUCUAAUCAAGGGUCAUCUUCAAACCAAGGAUCAUCUUCAAACCAAGGAUCAUCUUCAAAUCAAGGAUCAUCUUCAAAUCAAGGCUCGUCUUCGAAUCAAGGCUCGUCUUCGAAUCAAGGCUCGUCUUCGAAUCAAGGCUCGUCUUCGAAUCAAGGCUCGUCUUCGAAUCAAGGCUCGUCUUCGAAUCAAGGCUCGUCUUCGAAUCAAGGUCCUACUCCGAAUCAAGGCUCGUCUUCGAAUCAAGGAUCGUCUUCGAAUCAAGGCUCGUCUUCGAAUCAAGGAUCGUCUUCGAAUCAAGGAUCGUCUUCGAAUCAAGGAUCGUCUUCAAAUCAAGGCUCGUCUUCAAACCAAGGCUCGUCUUCAAACCAAGGCCCGUCUUCAAACCAAGGAUCAUCUUCAAAUCAAGGCUCGUCCUCAAAUCAAGGCUCAUCCUCCAGUCAAGGCUCGUCAUCAAAUCAAGGCUCGUCAUCAAAUCAAGGCUCGUCAUCAAAUCAAGGCUCGUCCUCAAAUCAAGGCUCGUCCUCAAAUCAAGGUUCGUCCUCAAAUCAAGGAUCUUCUAGCGCUCCAGCUGGCAGUAAUGGUAUUUGCGAAAGGGAUGGCUUUAUGGGUGACAAUGACGAUUGCAGAAAGUUCUAUAGAUGUGUAAAUAAUGGCAAGGGUGGAUACGUAAGACAUGAAUUCACAUGUUCAGAUUCAACAGUGUGGGAUCAAGAUGCUCAAACAUGUAAUUAUCCUCAUGCUGUUAAAAAUACGAAAUGCAACUCAGCAAUAUCAAAUCAGCCCAAUCAAGGAACAUCAAUUCAUCCCGAACAACAGACUGAUUCCAACAAACCAGAUAAUAAUAAUCCCACACAAGCUACUUCAUCUAUUGCAGAAUCGAGUUCAAUUUCUCCUCCUGAAAAUCAGUCAACCACAUUUAGACCGGAAACGACCGUAUCCACUGAAAUGUCUUCAUCUACUUUUCCAACAGAGACCAUAUGUAAUAAGGAGGGGUACAUUGGUAAUCCUAGUGACUGUAGUAAGUUUCACAGAUGUGUCGACAAUGGUAAAGCAGGUUUUACGAAACACGAUUUUUCUUGUGGCCCUGGAACAGUUUGGGAUGAUGAAAUUCAGGCUUGCAAUCAUCCUAGAGAUGUUAAGAAUGAAAAAUGCGGACAAAGUGGAAAUUCUAACAACAACCAGAAUUCCAAUUCAACACAACCUAGCAGCAAUGAAAGUUCCUCUACAACUCAAACGUCAGAAAAUAACCAAUCCGGUCAAAAUACAAGUGAGCUUCCAAAUCAACAAUUGCAAAGUACCACGAACACCAAUUAUUUAACAACUACGCAAAGCUCAAGCAAUUCGAAUGGUCAAGGAACUUCAGGUCAAUCGAACAACGAGAGUUCUGGUUCGACUGAAACUAGCCAAAGUACAAGUAAUUCAAACAACGAAAAUUCAGCGAACAACCAACAAGGACAGACAACAAUCGAAAAUACGGCAAAUAAUCAAGGUUCUUCUUCGAUUUCUUCCACUGAGUCGAGCACCGCUGGUUCAUCAUCAACAAGUAAUCAAAAUCAAGGCAAUACUUCAUUUAGUAACCAAUCUGCUGGUUCAGGAGGAAUUUGUGAGAGAGACGGAUUUAUGGGAGACGAUCAUGAUUGUAAGAAAUUUUAUAGAUGCGUUAAUAACGGUGAAGGCGGUUACACAAGACAUGAAUUCUUAUGUGCGGAGGGAACAGUAUGGGAUCAAGCUGCUCAAACUUGCAAUUAUCCGAAUGUUGUUAGUAACUCUAAAUGUAAUUUUGAAGAAAGCAAAAACCCCAAUAGCGGGACAAAUGCUAGCGUAUCGACUACAGAAACAGAUAACCGACCAUCUACUGAAACAAGUAGUUCCAAUUCUGCUGCAUUAUCAACACAAUCGCCAUCCAUACAACCAUCACCCACACAAUCGCCAUCCACACAGCCGUCAUCCACACAACCGUCAUCCACACAACCGUCAUCCACACAACCGUCAUUCACACAACCGUCAUCCACACAACCGUCAUCCACACAACCGUCAUCCACACAACCGUCAUCCACACAACUGUCAUCCACACAAUCGCCACAGUCGUUGUCAGGUGAUCUUUGUAACAAGGAGGGAUACACACCUAAUUCUGAAGACUGUUCCAAGUUUCAUAGAUGUGUUGAUAAUGGAAAUGGUGUGUUUACUAAAUAUGACUUUAGCUGCGGACCUGGUACCGUAUGGGACAAUAAUAUUCAAGCAUGUAAUCACCCGAGAGAUGUAAAAGACAAUAAAUGUGGUAGUCCGGGAAGCAGCAGUCAGAGUAACAGUGAUGGUAGUCCGAGUAGCAGCAGUGGUAGUACUGGAACUGGUGGUAUUCCUGGAAGUGAUGGUAGUACUGGAACUGGUGGUAGUCCUGUAACUGGUGGUAGUCCUGUAACUGGUGGUAGUCCUGGAACUGGCGGUAGUCCUGGAACUGGCGGUAGUCCUGGAACUGGCGGUAGUCCUGGAACUGGCGGUAGUCCUGGAACUGGUGGUAGUCCUGGAACUGGCGGUAGUCCUGGAACUGGUGGUAGUCCUGGAACUGGCGGUAGUCCUGGAACUGGCGGUAGUCCUGGAACUGGCGGUAGUCCUGGAACUGGCGGUAGUCCUGGAACUGGCGGUAGUCCUGGAACUGGCGGUAGUCCUGGAACUGGUGGUAGUCCUGGAACUGGUGGCAGUCCUGGAACUGGUGGUAGUCCUGGAACCGGUGGUAGUCCUGGAACUGGUGGUAGUCCUGGAACUGGUGGUAGUCCUGGAACUGGCGGUAGUUCUGAAACUGGUGGUAGUCAUGGAAGUGGAGGUAGUCCUGGAAGUGAUGGUAAUUCUGGAAGUGGUGGUAGUCCUGGAACUGAUGGUAGUCCUGGAACUGGUGGUAGUCCUGGAAGUGGUGGUAGUCCUGGAAGUGGUGGUAGUCCUGGAAGUGGUGGUAGUCCUGGAAGUGGUGGUAGUCCUGGAAGUGGUGGUAGUCCUGGAAGUGGUGGUAGUCCUGGAAGUGGUGGUAGUCCUGGAAGCGUCGGAAGUUCAACUCAAAUUCCAAUUACAACAGGUGGUAAUAGUGCUUGUGAUCGAGAGGGGUUUAUGGCUGACAAAAAUGAUUGCAAAAAGUUCUACAGGUGCGUUGACAAUGGAAAAGGUGGAUACUCAAAACAUGAGUUUUCGUGCGGCCAGGGAACAGCGUGGGACGAUGAAAUAAAAACGUGCAAUUAUGAAAAUAGCGUACCGUCGUGUAAUGGCUCACGUCCUCCCAAAGAAAGUUCGACAUCUGCCCCAGUAGGCCCAGACCAGUCAUCAUCCAAACCGGAUCCGUCUCAAACUGAAAAUCCACAGAAUUUAUCGUCAUUACCCACGCAAGAAAUGACUACAAGUAGAAUGUCAACUGAAAGUUCAUUCAGUCAAACUUCGUCAACUGAAAAUACAUUAGGCCACACUUCAUCGACUGACGCGUCAUCAUCAGAAAGUUCGUCAAACAAACCAGUGAACCCUGCAGGGAAAGACUGUUCAAAUGAAGGAUUUAUGGCUGAUCCUGAUGAUUGUAAAAAGUUUUACAGAUGUGUAACCAACGGCGAUGGUGGGUUAACAAAGCAUGAGUUCUCAUGUGGAGAAGGGACAGCUUGGGAUGAAAAACAUGAAACCUGUAAUUAUGAAAAUCAGGUCGAAAGAUGUAAUGGGAAAAACAACUCAUCUAGUAACAGUGUUGAAGGUCAGACAACUUCACCUUCGAAGAAACCAACAACUACGGCUGUAACAGAAUCCACCAAUUCUGGACAAACAGAGUAUACUUCAACUUCUAGCUCUACGGAUAAAGUUACAAAUCAGUCAAUCGGAUCAGAAAGUACUACACAAAUAGCACCGACCACAACGGGCAACAUGACAGCAACCGCAUCAUCUAUAACUUGCACAUCGGCUGGAUUUUUCUCCCAUCCAGACGAUUGUUCGAAAUAUUAUCGUUGCGUUGAUUACAAAGGUGAUGGGUCUCAAUUUUCGGUUUAUCAUUUUAAUUGUCCCAACGGUACUAUUUGGGACGAAAGUAUAAACACCUGCAAUCACGCCGAAAAUGUUUUUCCGCCAAGAAACUGUUCAAAAUCAUCACAACCCUCGCCGCAGCCAUGUGCCACAACAGAAAGCUCAACAACAGCUGAAUCUACAUCGGCAGAUCCUACAGACACAAUGACAACUAUAGAAGGUACAACAUCAAAAAAUGAAGAGACGACGACGAACUCUCAGACAACAACGGAACAGGUUGCAUCAUCUACAAAUCAACCUCAAGUAAUAACCGAAGCAACACAAACAACGACAGAAGCUGCUCAGACGUCAACAGAAGCUGCUCAGACGACAACAGAAGCUGCUCAGACAACAACAGAAGCUGCUCAGACGACAACAGAACCUGCUCAGACGACAACAGAAGCUACUCAGACGACGACCGAAGCUGCUCAAACGACGACCGAGGCUGUGCAAACGACGACAGAAGCUGCUCAGACGACUACAGAAGCUGCUCAGACGACAACAGAAGCUGCUCAGACGACAACAGAAGCUGCUCAGACGACAACAGAAGCUGCUCAGACGACAACAGAAGCUGCUCAGACGACAACAGAAGCUGCUCAGACGACAACAGAAGCUGCUCAGACGACAACAGAAGCUGCUCAGACGACAACAGAAGCUGCUCAGACGACAACAGAAGCUGCUCAGACGACAACAGAAGCUGCUCAGACGACAACAGAAGCUACUCAGACGACAACCGAUACAGCGCAGACAACAACGGAAGGUUCACAAACGACAAUGCAAACAACUACGGAUACACCUCAACCAACGACCGACACUCCACAAACAACAGAGCCAGCGUCCCAAACCACCACCGAAGUAUCGCAAACUACGAAUGAACCAUCCGAAACUACAACUGAUGCGCACCCAACAACAGAAAUAGGAACAACUGAGACACCGAAGGAUGGAAAUUGCCCUCCAUUGCAAAAUGGGCAAAAUCAUUUUGUUUGCCCGACGGGUUUCAAAAAACAUCCUACUGAGUGCAACAUGUUCUAUCAAUGCACAAAGAAACCGGAAACUAUGAACAUGGACAUUGUCGUUUUCAGUUGUCCGAAUGGAACAGUUUACAAUGAAGCGAAAUGUCAAUGCGAAGACAGUAGCUCCUGCAAAGUCGCUCAAACACGAUCACUUGAAGAAACCUUUGAUCAACGACAUAUGAUUCAGGUACGUCACAAACGUUCAAUUUGUCCCAGUGAAGGUCACUAUCCGUUUGGCGAUGAAAUCUGCUCGUCAACAUUUGUCAAAUGUACCAGAUCAUUCGAAACAAAUGUAAUGGAAGGCACCAUGUACAGAUGUCCCCGUGGAUUUUCCUAUUGGAGUGUCAGCCGACGCUGUGAACGAACCGAAAAAAUACCAAAUUGUCGUACGUUGUCGAUAGAUAGCUCGAACAGCAUUCCAAUUGAAUGGAUUAAUUUAGGGAAAGCGAGGCAGCUACGAUUUUAGUAGGUUGAAUUGAACGCCUGCUGGAGCAUUCAGAAAGUGUUUCUAGUUUUAAACGUAUACGCACUGACAUAAUAGAAUUAAGAUUAUUUUAAGGUAUAAUCUCAUUUUUUUCGAUUUGAUAAUCAUUUUGCAUAUUUGAGAUUAAAUGGGGUUCAAAAAUGGUGUUUGGGUAGUUGUAAUUAUAUUUUACCGCAAUAUUUUUUAAAAGAUUUCCGUCUAUGAACAACUAAAAGUGGCCUACAGCUUGCGCUAAACCGUUUUUUAAUGAAUUAAAAGGAUUGCAAAAAAAUGUCUGAACUUUUUCUUAGAGGUAUCAUUACAAUUAAAAAAAGGAAUUAUCACAUUUUCGUUUUCAAUGGAUUCUACAUAAUUUAUAGAACCACAAAUUUGACAGUCAAAAAUUUCAUGCAAAAUAACAGUUGGCAGAAUCUGUCGGUCUAGAAAUAUCAGAUUCUACAUAGAAACAAAAAUGUGAUAAUUCCUCAUUUUUUGUCACUGUAGGAAAGUGUAUUGAGAAUUAAAAAAUUUAUCACUUUUAUUCAAUACGACAUGGAACUUAAAUAUAUAGAAAAUUAAUUUUAAUUUGUUCGCCAUAUAAACAUAAACGAAUCCGAAAAUACUCAAUAAAUCGAAUAAUAUUUUUAAUUGCCAAUCGCAGUUAAUUUUGUGAUAAGAAUUUACGAAUAAAUUACCUUAAAAAAUCAUAUUCGAUUAACUUCUCUUUUUAAGGUAUUAUUUUGUAUUUUAGUUUAAAAAUUCAACAUUUUCAUUGUAUGAAGAAAUAG